GAAGAAACAAAUUAUGGAAAAGAAUACCGUCGCAAAUGUUUUAAGUCAAUUUACAAAACGUUUUUCUACAAUAAUUUUCGAUUUGGACAAUACACUAAUUGCAACUCGAAAGGCUGAUUUGAAGACCUGCAAUAAGCUGUCCAGCAUAUUGCAAACCAAAUAUAAUGUACCGAAUGAAACAGCCACUGAGAUAACAUCAUCGUAUUUGCACAAUUUUCGCCAAUGUCCGGACAACACCGAUGUAUCGUUGGACGUGUGGAGGCAGCAUUUAUGGAGCCAGGCAUUGUCACACAAAUACAAUUAUCUCACGCAAGAUAUUUAUCAGAAAUGGUUGGAAUUGCGUUACAAGUACCUUGAAUUAAAACCCGAUACAAUUGGGCUAUUGCAAUCAUUGCGCAGCUGCUACCACUUGGCGAUCAUAACGAAUGGCCCAUCAAAUGCCCAAUGGGAAAAGAUUAAUCGCUUACACUUAACUAACUUAUUCGACUGCAUUUUAGUGUCCGGCGAUUUACCAUGGGAAAAACCCAUGGCAGAAAUUUUCUAUGCGGCAUGCAAUCACAUGGGCGUUCAGCCCAGCCAAUGUGUUAUGAUCGGCGAUAAAUUAGAAACAGACAUUCAGGGAGCAAAUGUAGCGAGAAUAGGUUGCUCGGUUUGGAUGCCAUUGAAUCGUGAUACAACAAACCCCAACUCACAAAUUAAACCCGAUUUUACUAUCUUUGAUUUGAAAGACUUAUUGAAUAUUUUACCAAUAAGCACCAUUUGUCAUAGAGAUAGUGCGGUGACACGGACGCGACGGAACAGUGGCACAAAUAAACGCAGCACUCAUCAAUUGCUACGCAUACCCGACCUGGAUUUGGAUAAUGGAAACAGCAACAGCUCAGAUGGAAGCUAAAUAUCCAUGGAUAUUUUUUUCUACUCGCUCACAACAGUAAACAUGUGAAUUUUAUCUUUCUUUUUUACAAUUUUUUUCCUUUGUUAACUUUUCUUUUACAAAUAUUUAAACAAAUCAUAUUUUGUUUGUAGAAUAUAUAUUUUUAUUUGUUUAUUUUUCUUUUUUUUUAAUUAUUGGCCAAGUAGUGCGGAAUAAUGUAUAAAUGAGACUCACGUAGAGGAGGAUCUUUUUAUUUAAAAAAAAAAACACAACAAUUUUUGAAAUAAAGUAAAAAAAACAUGCAAUUCA